UGCAAUCAUUCCGAAAGACCUCAGGAUGCACAACGUUCAGCCAGCCAAUCAACGGAAUAAAGUAUUUCCGUUACCCCUGCACCAAGCUCCCACCUCACAAAUACUAGACAUGAACCUCUUUCUUAUCAAUAACCUCACAAUUCAAUCAUGCGCCAUAACCACUUUCACUAAUCCUCACCAAAUCUCGCCAUGUCUGCCGAAGACGCCCGCUAUCGUACUUCCACUCAGUAUCGUCACUGGUCAUACACACCGUCCGCACUCCGUUCCUUGCGCGAAAGCACAAAUGCCCUAGCCACAACCCAAGUUCGAGAUGCCGUUCGACGCGCCAGAGAAGCUCGUGCUGCAUCCUCAAAUGAUAAUAGUGAAGCAGAGAAUAGCAGGUCUGCUAGUACUGCUGCACCGGAUGGAGAUGUGGAUUGUUUGACGGUGGAUGAGGAAUUGAAGUUAUUGGAUUAUUAUUGUAGACAAACGCUUCAGUUGGGGGAUCAUUUGGGUGUGCCGAUUGAGGUCAAGGCCACAGCAAUCCAAUAUAUCCGGCGCUUCUACAUAAGCCACAGCCUAAUGACCUACACUCCCACGACCAUCCUCAAAACCGCCCUGUUCUUUGCCACCAAAACCGAAAACCACUAUUUCCGCAUCACCCGAUUCGCAAGCGACAUAGGCAAAACCACCACCGAAGAGAUUCUCUCCUCCGAAUUCCUCCUAACCCAGGGCCUCCGCUUCCAAUUCGACAUCCGGCACCCUUACCGCGGUCUCGAAGGAGCCAUCAUGGAGCUCCUCGCCAUCUCCACCCACAAAAUAUCCAUCCCCGCAGAACUGGAAUCCCAACGCCCUGAAAAUAUGCACAAUUUAAUACUGGAAAGCCACGGACACGCGCGCCAUUAUCUGAAAACAAGCGCGCUGUUAUGCGAUUCUUAUUUCCACUACACGCCCUCACAAAUAAUGUUCGCAGCCCUCUAUCUCGCUUCCGCCCCUUUAACUACUUUCUACCUCGCUUUAAAAUCCUACAAUCCCUCGAAUCCAGACACCAAUACCGCAACACCAACCUACCAAAAACUCCUCACCCUAAUUAAAAACCUCGCUCAGACUCUCUCCUCGAUCCCCGAAGAACAAACUCCCGAACAAAGACAAGAAAUUCAAGCUCUUGUCAAGAAAUUAAAGAAAUGCAGAAACCCCGAAAAAGCAGAUCUAGUAGGACUACAAAAAAUGAAGAGGGAAGGAGCAGAAGGCAAAGAUCGAGAAGAUGAAGAGAAGAUUAUUAAGAAGAGAAAGAUGGAGCGGGAGCAGAGGUUAAAAGAAGAGCAAGAUUUAUUCGGCGGGAGCCUGAAAUGAUCAUUUGGAAUGCGGAAUACUAUAAUAGGUUGGGUGUAAAUAAAAUUCUAGCGGGAUUGGCGUUAUCCGAGCUGGUUACAACGGAAGGGGUUGGUGCAUCUGGAAGAGGGGCGUUCAUUGGAAGAUUUAGUGCUACAUGGUAUCAUCUCUGUCCAUAGGGUCAUAUUUAGGAUGAUGUGUGCUAGGAUCUCGUUCAAAGAACAACAUUAUGAUAAUAUUGAAAAGGAAAUUUUCAUUCAUUCAUUCGUUUUGU